AUGCUUAGACCUAUUAAACAUCUUAGAUCAAUUAGAGCUAAGAGAUUCUUAUCAACUUGUGAAAGUUAUUUCCCUGAUGAACCCAAAGCUCCAAUUUUGAAAACCUCCACAAUUCCUGGUCCAAAAAGUGAACAAUUAAAUAAUGAAUUAGGUGAAAUAUUUGAUAACAGAGCUACUUACUUUGUUAGUGAUUAUUAUAAUUCUAAAGGUAAUUAUAUUUCAGAUGCUGAUGGUAAUUAUCUUUUAGAUGUUUAUGCCCAAAUUUCAUCUAUUGCUUUAGGUUAUAAUAAUCCUGAAUUGAUUAAAACUGCCAAAUCUGAUGAAAUGACUAAUGCAUUAAUCAAUAGACCAGCUUUAGCCUGUUUCCCAUCUACUGAUUAUGCUACUAUCUUAAACGAAGGUAUAUUAUCAGCUGCUCCAAAAGGUAUGAAUAAAGUAUGGACUGCUUUAUCAGGAUCAGAUGCUAAUGAAACUGCUUAUAAAGCUGCUUUCAUGUAUCAUCAUACUAAAAGAAGAAAUGGUGAUUUUUCAGCUGAAGAAUUAGAAUCAGUAAUGAAUAAUGAAUUACCAGGUGCUUCUGAUAUGGUUAUUUUAUCAUUCGAUAAAGGUUUCCAUGGUAGAUUAUUUGGAUCCUUAUCAACUACUAGAUCAAAAGCUAUUCAUAAAUUAGAUAUCCCAGCUUUCAACUGGCCAAAAGCUCCAUUCCCAUCAUUAAAAUAUCCAUUAAAUGAAUUUGAAGCUGAAAACAGACAAGAAGAAGAUAAAUGUUUACAAGAAUUUGAAAGCAUUAUCAAAUCUUAUAAUGGUAAAGUAGCUGCUAUGAUUAUUGAACCAGUUCAAUCAGAAGGUGGUGAUAAUCAUGCUACUCCAUAUUUCUUCCAACAAUUAAGAAAAAUCACCCAAGAUAAUGAUGUUUUAAUGAUUGUUGAUGAAGUUCAAACUGGUGUUGGUGCUUCAGGUAAAUUAUGGGCUCAUGAACAUUUUGAUUUACCAUCUCCACCUGAUAUGGUUACUUUCUCCAAGAAAUUCCAAGCUGCUGGAUUCUAUUUCAGUAACCCUGAAUUACAACCAAAUCAACCAUACAGACAAUUCAACACUUGGUGUGGUGAUCCAUCAAAAGCUUUAAUUGCUAAGACCAUUUAUCAAGAAGUUGUUAAACAUGAUUUAGUUAACAAGACUGCUUCAAUUGGUAAUUACUUAUUCUCCAACUUGAAAUCAUUAGCUGAAAAAUACCCAAUAUUAAACUUAAGAGGUGAAAAUUUCGGUACUUUUAUUGCUUGGGAUUGUAAAGAUGCUAAUGAAAGAGGUAAAUUAUUACUUUCCUUACGUAAUAAAGGUAUUAAUAUUGGAGGAUGUGGUGAUUAUUCAAUCAGAUUAAGACCUCCUUUGGUUUUCGAACAAAAACAUGCUGAUAUCUUCUUAUCAGCUUUAGAAGAUGCUUUAAAAGAAUUAUAA